AAUGUGUGAAAAGAAAAUCUCGAGAAUAAAAGUGUGUUUAUUCAAACAAAACAAUCAUAAAGAAUUUAUUAAUUAAUUAUAUGAAUUGAAUUGUUGACAUGUGAAGACGACAGUUAAAUUCUUCAUAUUUCUAGUGGUUUUUGAAUAUUUCAAUCACAGGAGGUAUGGAAGCAUCCAACGGAUACCAGCAAACAUUCAUCAAUUCAUCACGUUUAUCACCACAACAAAUUCAAACUGUAACACCAACAGAUCAUCAUCGUGGAAUUUGUAUCUCUGAUUCUGGUCACGAAAUCCUCCGGCCUAAGCCGCGAAGACCUGGUGGAAGAGUAAAAGAUAUUUAUUGUCCUCCAUAUAGCAAAGAUGUUUCUGAUACACCGACUACUUCAGAAAAUCACAACAUUGUUCAUAUGACGUCAGAGAAAGAUAUAGAGAUCAUUGUUCCAACAUCUACCGCUCAACAUCCUCAUCAGUUUCAGCAUAAUCAUCUUGGCCUUCAUGAAUUUCAGGAUCUUCAGAAAAGACCAAUGGAAUGUACAGGUAAUAGCUCAUCAGAUGAAAAUCGAUCAUCAGGACAUGCAAGUAUGUCAGAUACAGGUGGUCAUACAAGUAGUAGUUCUCCACCUCACCGUCAUCACCGAUGUCACAGUCCCCAACAAUUAAAUUCCGUUCCAGAAGAUGAUAGAUUUUCUGCAUCAGUAACUCAACGAAAUAGUCGUAAUCGAUCAGGUCAAAGUCGAAAUCGACAUCGUGCAACACCCGCAAAGCUUCAAGUUCCUUGGUCAGGUUCUGGACUGGAAGACAUCAAACUAGCAAUUCAACAGCUUACAAUGCGUUCCCACACUUCAACAUCUACAUACUCAUCACUUAGUGGAUCUGAAAGCUCAGAACCGGCAAUGCGACGUUUAAUGCGACACUCUAGUUUAGAGACAAUUAACACAAAUGUAACAAAUGCUGAUGAAUUUGUAUGGGUCGAUUCACACAAUCGAUUGGUUGAACUUCAACACCUUCCUUGGACACAUCAUGACGUCCUGCGUGUCCUUCAGAACGGUAGAACUCUUGAACAUAUGAAUCAGGUAUCCAUGGAAACAAUUCCACGUCUCUCUUAUCUCCUUCAACGUGCUCUCGUUCGUGUGGGACGAGAAAUUCAACGAUUGGCAAAGCCUCUGGGUCUCUGUAGUAAACAUGAAGUCUACAGUGCAUUUAAAAUCGUUCUUUGUCCAGCAUUAGCUGAUUCAUGUACCAAAGCUUGCCUACGUGCAGCAGCAAUGUUUGCUGUCUCUGGAGAUCAAUUAAAAUUAUCAAAAGCUUCGAGAUCAGGGCUUCAUUUACCAGUAGGACGAUUUCUUCGUUGGAUGUGUGAUGUAAAAUUAGGAAGAAUGAUACAUGAAUAUGCUGCAGUUUAUUUAGCAGCUGGAAUGGAGAAUCUUCUUGAAGAAAUGCUCUUGCAAUGUUUACCGACUGAACCACACACAACUCUUACAGCAACUAUGUUAGAACACACCAUUGCUAACAAUGGAGAUCUCUGGGGACUUUUACAACCUUAUGCUCAUUUGAAUGCUGGACGAAUAGCAUCGGGUGCCCUUGCAAUGCCACGAUGGCCUAGUAUAAGUUCUUUAAACUCAUCGAAUUCAUCAAGAAGUAGCAAAGAGCCAUUAGGAAGUAAUUUAGAGUCUUCUUUGCUUACUACAUGUGUUGGGUCUAUGAAUGAACUUUUGGAUUUAAUUGCUAAAAUAUCUCAUGCAGGUCGUUGCCCAAUACCCUUAUCCCAUAAAGCUUUAAAUGCUCUAUUUUAUUAUAUGCGAUGUUCUCAAUUGGAACAUGGAGAAAAAAGUUCUGGCAUUCAAGAAUUAACUUAUGAAAGAGCUUACGUCGUUUUACCACCAUUAAUUGAAUGGUUAAGAGUUGCAACUGCUCAUGCAGAAUAUCGUCAUGGGCUUAUUAUUGAUCAUGACGAUAUUAGUCAAGCAGCACGACUCCUGCUUCCGGGUGUUGAUUGUCCAGUUCGACCAAUAUGGUCGGAAGAAGUCACUAUUUUUAAGCGUGCAGAUGAUAAUGAAUGCGUUCGUCGAUUGACAUUAGAUAUGGCAUUUAAAAUGUUAACCAGUGGCAGAGCAGAAUUAAUUACACAAGCUUUACCAUUACUUCCUAAUACAAAACUUAAUACUGUAAAUGAUAAUGGGAUUACUGCGCUGAUGCUGGCUUGUAUUCUUAACGAUGAAAAUGCUGUAAUAUCUCUAUUAGAUGCUGGCGCUGAUCCUAAUAUUGAAAGUCCUGCUCCAACAAAUCAACCUUUAGGAACACCGUCCAAAAGUCUUCCAUCAUUAGGAAGUUCUACUACGAAGCAAUCGUCUAGUCCUGGAGUAUCGUUAACACCGCUUAAAAAUAUUCCCUAUUUCAAUAGUUCUCCUGGAUCACCAAAUUAUCAUGGAAAUACUAAUAUAAGUCAGGGUAAUUUUAAUGCUGAAACUCAGCAUUGGACUGCAUUGACUUAUACUGCUCUUUUGGGUCAUUGUAAUAUUGCACGAAUUUUACUUGAACGAGGAGCGGCUGUGGAAGGAGGUGCAAAUGUCAGUGAAGAUAAAUGUACUGUAACUCCUUUGCAAGCAGCUACAGCAACAGGAAACAAUGAAAUGGUGGCCUUACUUUUAGCACAUGGAGCUCAACCUUUUUUAUCGACUUUGAUGAAAGAUUCCUUUUGUUAUUCUGGCUCAGUACAACGUGGAUGUUACAGUGCAAUUUCGGUAGCAACGGCUCAUGGACAACGAAGCUGUUUACAUCAACUUCUUUCGCAUCCUCUUAAUUUUUCAGCAAAAAAAGAUGAAAAAGAAGUACUGUCAUUAGAAGAAAUACUUGCAGAAGGCAAUCCUGGUAUCAGCCCAUAUCAACACUAUCAACAACUACCAGAAAAUCAGGGUAGUUAUCAAGAAAACAAAGAACCGGUUUUUAACAAAACACAAAGUAAAACACUUCAAGAAGCAAUGUAUCAUAGUGCAGAAAGUAAUCAUCUUGAUAUUACUAUGGAAUUAAGAGGCCUUAAAGUAGGAUGGAGUCUACAUUGCUGGAUGCUUAGUCUUUCAACUGCUCAUGAAAUGAGAAUCGAUUCUGUUAUAGAUCAACUUCUUCAAGAUUUUUUACAAGUUUGUCCCGAUGAUUAUUCUACUCAAUUUGUUCAAGAGUGUCUUCCAUUAUUAUUUAAUAUUUUUAGAUAUAGUAAGAAGGAAGGAACAACAUUACUAUUAGCUGAUAUAUUUUGUACUUGUUUUGGAUGGGAACCAAUAAAACCUAUAAGAGAUACAACUCUCGCUAGUGGAUCCAGAAUUGAUCCAAAGUUCGUUAAUAAUCCUGAAUUAAGUGAUGUUCAGUUUCGAGUUGAAGGGAGAGUAUUUUAUGGUCAUAAAAUUGUGUUAGUUACUUCAUCACCAAGGUUUAGAAGCAUGUUGAGUUCAAAAUUAUGCGAAGGAAAUCCACCAAUUGUUCAAAUUAAUGAUAUCAGAUAUCAUAUUUUUCAAAUAGUUAUGGAAUUUCUAUAUCAUGGUGGUUGUGCUACUCUUGAAGUCAACCAAGGAGAUGUUUUAGAAUUGAUGGCCGCAGCAAACUUCUUCCAGCUUGAUGGUUUAUUGAGGUUCUGUGAAGCACAAUGUUCUGCAAUGGUUGAUCUUGAUAACGUUGUAUCUAUGUACAUUCAUGCAAAGGUUUACAAUGCUGUACAAUUAUUGGAAUAUUGUCAAGGAUUCCUGUUACAAAAUAUGGUAGCAUUACUGACUUACGAUGAUUCAGUAAAACGCUUAUUAUUUGCUAAAAAAUUACCAAAUCAUGAUGUGUUGGCUGGUCUACUUCUUACUCUUCAAGCAAGAAUAAAAUCCAGAAAACCACAACUACAAAAUAAAUUAAAAAAUUGAGAGACUGAUAUUAAAUAGAUUGUAAGUUAAAAAUAAAUUCAAGUCACGAUUUGUCCGUUGUUAAA